AUGAUGCAGGAAAUCCUCCUGUUCGGCCAAGUGUUGGCAGACAACCACCAGACACUUCGUCAACAGCUUGCAGGCCUAGCACGAAUGCCGCCUCAGCCCGUACUUGAAAGACAUUUGAUCUUCAAACCUCGUUCGCCUCCGGGCCUGGCUAAUCUUCCAACGGGAAGUGGACCACAGGGGCCUCAGCAACAGGAGCUGCAGAAGACAAGGCAGAUGCUCAAUACACCUCUGAACUACGUACAAGUGGUCGGCUUGUUAGAGAAUAAAGAACUGACACCUAAAAAAGAACAAUCUGUCGUGCCUAACAUGAAUGCGGACCAUGACCUUAUCAUGACAAGUGAUGAAGACGAGUCAGCGCAAAGUCGUAAAGCCUUCCAGUGGUACCUAGAAUUCAACGAUAUUCCGGAACCAGGAAAAGUCUCGGCUACCUCAAGAGCCACCUCAAAGACACGCAUUCUGGAAGGCGAUGUCAUUAAGUUCAUGAAUGACCUUGGAUAUGAGUACCUAUCUCAAUACAUCACCACAGGCGAUAGAUUCUACGACCAAGACACAACGCUCUUCUUGUACAAGGUCAUGCAAGCAUCAGACCAGAGCACGCAGAACACCACACCCACCACCUCGACCAUCAACACAACACCAGACAUCUCGAAGCUCACGCCGCUUGACCCAAGCGAAGGCUAUGUCCUGCAAGCCUCGAUUGAGAUAACAGAUGGCAACAGUCCCGACCUCAAAGACAAGGCGACCCAGCAACUCCUUGCUAUAAAGGACACACUACGUUCUAGCGUUGAUCUCACACCCGGUGAUCGGCUCGCCCUUGAUACCAGAGUGCCUGUGAGGAGGGUGCGGUGA